AUGCAUUACUGGAAGACCCUGCUCGUUCCCGGUGUGGCCGCGGCGGCCGUGCUCAAGAGGGACUCCCCAGACUACGACAAGCUUGCCGAUUGUCCCGGCUAUGCUGCCUCGAACGUCAAGACGACCGGCAACGGUCUGACUGCCGAGCUGAAGCUCGCUGGCCCGGCCUGCAACACGUACGGCACCGACCUCGAGGAGCUUACUCUGUCGGUUACCUACGAGAGCGAGUCCCGUAUCCACGUGAAGAUCCAGGACCCGGCGGACCAGGUUUACCAGGUCCCCGAGUCUGUCUUCCCCCGGCCCGACGAAGGCUCCUUCUCCGGUGACGCCAAGAUCAAGUUUGACUACACCGAGGAGCCCUUUGCCUUCACCAUCAAGAGGGCCGAUACGGAGGAGGUUCUCUUCGACACCUCGGCCGCCUCCAUCGUCUUCGAGUCGCAGUACCUCCGCCUGAGGACGAGCCUGCCCGAGGACCCUUACCUCUACGGCCUCGGCGAGCACACCGACCCCUUCCGCCUCAACACGACCAACUACAUCCGCACGCUGUGGAACCGUGACAGCUAUGGUGUUCCGUACGGCAGCAACCUGUACGGCAGCCACCCCUUCUACAUCGAGCAGCGCGAGACGGGCACCCACGGCGUCUUCCUCCUCAACUCGAACGGCAUGGACGUCAUGGUCAACAAGGACGACGCCGGCCAGUACCUCGAGUACAACACGCUCGGUGGCGUGCUCGACUUCUGGUUCCUAUCCGGCCCCUCGCCCGUCGACGUCGUCAAGCAGUACUCGGACAUCGUCGGGCUGCCCUCGCUCCAGCCCUACUGGGGUCUCGGCUUCCACCAGUGCCGCUACGGCUACCGCGACGCCUUUGACGUCGCCGAGGUCGUCUACAACUACAGCCAGGCCGGCAUCCCCCUCGAGACCAUGUGGACCGACAUUGACUACAUGGACGCCCGCAAGGUCUUCACCCUCGACCCCCGCCGCUACCCCGUCGAGAAGGUCCGCCAGAUCGUCGACUACCUCCACGAGCACGACCAGCACUACAUUGUCAUGGUUGACCCGGCCGUCGCCUACGAGGAGUCGGACAUUGUCAACCGCGGUCGCCAGGACGACAUUUGGCUGCAGCACCCCAACGGCUCCGAGUACCUCGGCGUCGUCUGGCCCGGCGUCACCAUCUUCCCCGAUUGGUUUGCCGAGAACAUCACCAAGUACUGGAACAACGAGUUUGACAUCUUCUUCGACAAGGACACGGGUGUCGACAUUGACGGUCUGUGGAUCGACAUGAACGAGCCCGCCAACUUCUGCAACGGUCUCUGCGAUGACCCCUUUGGCGACGCCGUCGGCUACCCGCCCGAGCCCCCCGCCGUCCGCGAGAACCCCCGCGCCCUGCCCGGCUUUGGCUGUGAGUUCCAGCUCCCCGGUGCCUGCGACGGCAGCGCCGAGCGCCGCCAGAUCGAGGCUCACCCCGCCCGCCCCCGUGCCGCCGGCGCCGAGACGUCUUCGCUCGACGUCCGCCAGACCGGCUCGGGCGACCGCAAGGGUCUCCCCGACCGCGACCUCCUGUACCCCAAGUACGCGAUCCACAACGACGCGGCGGGGCCCGACGUGUCGUGGAACGCGGACCGCGGCGGCCUCUCGUUCAAGACGGUCAAGACGGACAUUGCGCACCAGAACGGUCUCGUCAUGUACGACACGCACAACCUCUACGGCGCCAUGAUGGGCAAGGCGUCGCGCGACGCCAUGAUGGCGCGCCGCGAGGGCCUGCGGCCCUUCAUCAUCACGCGCAGCACGUUCCCCGGCGACGGCAAGGCCGUGGGCCACUGGCUCGGUGACAACCUUUCGCAGUGGGACCACUACCGGUUCGCCAUCUACACGACCAUGACCUUCUCGGCGCUGUACCAGUUCCCCAUGGCCGGCUCGGACGUGUGCGGCUUCGGCGGCGAUGCCACCGAGCAGCUCUGCGCGCGCUGGGCCUCGCUCGGCGCCUUCUUCACCUUCUACCGCAACCACAACGGCAUCGACUCCAUCUCGCAGGAGUUCUACCGCUGGCCCGCCGUCGCCGAGUCGGCCCGCAAGGCCAUCGACAUCCGCUACCGCCUGCUCGACUACAUCUACACGGCCAUCUACAAGGCCACCGUCGACGGCAGCCCGACGCUGAACCCCAUGUACUUUGUCUACCCCGAGGACCGCGCCACCUGGGCCCUGCAGCACCAGUUCUUCUACGGCGACGCCGUCCUCGUCGCCCCCGUCACCGAGCAGGAUGCCACGAGCGUCGACGUCUACCUGCCCAAGGACACCUUCUACGACUGGUACACCCACCGUCCCAUCCGCGGCAAGGGCGCCCUGCACACCUUUGAGGACCAGGACGUCACCGACAUUCCGCUGCUCAUCCGCUCCGGCAAGAUCCUGCCGCUGCGCGUCGCCUCGGCCAACACGACGACGGCGCUGCGCCAGAACGACUUUGAGCUGCUCGUCACCCUCGACGUUGACGGCAAGGCCAGCGGCGAGCUGUACCUCGACGACGGCGUGUCGCUCGUCCAGCAGGGCCACACCCUCAUCGACUUCACCUUUGAAAACGGCGUGCUCUCCCUCGACGGCACCUUCGGCUACGAGGUCGACGUCAAGAUUGUCAAGGUCAAGGUCCUCGGCGCCUCGUGCCGCACCGGUGCUGGCAAGGAGGGCCGCGGCAGCAAGACUGUCAAGGUUGACCUGUCGCUGAACAAGGCGGGCUCCGUCAAGGUGUGGUGA